AUGCGUGUUCUGAAGCAAGAUUAUCCAAAAAAUAUUGAUGAUGUAGUAUGGGCAGAUCUAUACAAAAUUGCAAAACAACUUUAUAAAGACGAAAGAACUGUUCUGGCAUCUAGAAUUAAUUUCAUUAGAUUAAGUAGCGGACCUACAGAAUCCGUACUGAGUUAUUUAAAAACUAUAAAGGAGCUAACCCGAAGAUGCGAAUUUGAAGAUAAUGUAGAACUAAGAAUUCACGAUCAAUUAAUCGCCGGACUAAAGAUGUCACAACUAGAUAAAAAACUACUAAGAUACCUAAAUACUAGAGACGAAGACCAAUCGUUAAGCUUAAACAAAGUUAUAGAAAUGGCUUUAGCGAUGGAAUGGGCAGAUUUAGAAAUAAAUAAUACUAUGGAAAUUGUUUAUAAAAUCAAAGGGACGACUAAACAUAAUGACAAUAAUAAACGAUUAAAUCAAAAUGAUAAUAAUAAUCGAGAGUAUAAUGAUAAUGAUAAUAAAACGAAUCCCGGAAAAAAACCUUCGGAAAAAACCCCUGGAAAAAAACCCCUGGAAAAAACCCCCAGGAAAAAAAACCCACUGGAAAAAAACCACCAGGAAAAAAAAAACCCUCUUGAAAAAAACCUCGAAAUUUUUUUUCGAAUUUACUAA